AUGGAGAUCAGCGAUUUCCCUCCGCUUCAGAAUCCUUCGAUUUUGGGGCCGAUCCCUGCUUCUUCGAAUGUCUCUUUCGCUAAAAACCUGGCAAACCCUUCUGCGACUCAAGAUGAUUUUCCGGUUUCCUUCGUUCGUCCAAGUCAGAAACUCGCCUUUAAAGAAGAUGAUCUAACCGAGGGUCUUUCAGUAUGGUCAUUCUCUUUAGUCGGAUAUUCUCUAGGGCCUAGGCCUUAUUAUGAGCGACUUCUCGCAGCUAUGAAAAAGGUUUGGAUCUUAAAAGGUUCGUUUUCCUUACUAUCUAUGGCUGAUGAUUUUUUCUUGAUAAAAAUUUCUAAUCAAGAAGAUUUUGAUCUGGUUUGGUCCAGGGGACCGGGGUUUUUGUUGGGGAAACCUUUCAUUCUUCAAAAAUGGUCCCCCAAAUUCCAACCGAAGAGGGAUGAACUUUCUGCUAUUCCCCUCUGGAUCAAAAUUGUUGAUCUUCCUCUGGCUCUUUGGACUCCGAAAGGAAUUUCAACUAUUGCAAGUUAUAUUGGUAUUCCAUUAUCUGUUGACUCUCUUACAGCCAAAAGAGCUCGUUUAAUUUUUGCUAGGGUUUGUGUUUCCAUCUCUAAAGAUUCGAUAUUACCUGAUGAAAUUCCGAUUAAUAUCGAAGGAUAA